GGGGGGGGGGCGCAGAGACGGCGGCCGCCCCCUCCCCAGAGUGCCCUGGAGAAGGUGGCGGCUCAGGAGGGGCUCAGCCUCCAGCAGCUCGCAGGGAAGUGGUUCCUGGUCAGCAUGGCCUCCCGCUGCAGCUACCUGGCAGAGCACAGCCACCAGCUGGAGGCCACCACAAUGACAGUGACUGUCCUGGACGGGCAGAGCCUGGCCAUCAGCACCUUCAGAAAGCUGGACAGGAUGUGCUGGGAAAUCAGGCAGCACUACCUUCCUGCCCAGGCCCCUGGACGCUUCCUGCUGAAGGGCCACAGGAAAAGCAGCAAGGUGGAUGUGGUGGUGGGCGAGGCUGACGCCAGCAGCUUUGUCAUCCUCUAUUACCAGAAGGGCCGCAGCAUCUCUGUUAAGCUCUAUGGGCGGAGCAGCCUGGUCAGUGACGCCGUCAUGGACAAGUUCGAGCAGCGCGUCAGGGCCGUGGGGCUCAGCGAGGAUGUGACUUACCGCUUCCCCACCUACGGGUUUUGUGACUCUGCAGAUGAGUUUCACAUCCUCGAUGAAAUGAAGUUGUAGGUGCAGAUGGAGUUGCCAGGGUGUCCCAGACUUCACCUCAGCCAGCUGCCAGUUGGCCACACAGAUCUGAGCCA